AUGGAUAUUGUACUGACUGUAGAGGAGUACAAGUAUGUGCUCACAGAGGUAUUUAAGGCGGAAGCGGAGAAGCAUCAAGGUAAAUGUAUUAAGACACUGCGAUUUGAUCGCGGUGGCGAGUACCUCUUAAAGGAAUUUGUGGAUUACUUAUCAGAGGAGGGAAUUGAAUCCCAGUUGUCUGCACUUGGAUCAACAAAGCAAAACGUGCCUCAUCGUAUUGGGAGGGUUGUACGCCAGCCUGAUCGAUAUAUGUUCUUGGGAGAGUCUUAUGAUAGGAUCCCUAAUGAAUUGUAUACCAAUUCUGGUAACUACUGUGAAACACUUCAAGAUAAAGAUGCAGAACUUUGGCUGAAGGCUAUGAAAUCAGAUAUGGAGUCCGAGUACUCUAAUCAUAUUCGGAAGUUUUUCUUCGUUCUUGCAGAUUCGAGAGUUCUUCUUCGUGCUUGCAGAUCUGAGAUCAAACCAGAGAGAUCUUGCAGGUAUGAUCCUAAUCACCAAGAUCUUAGGGCUAUUCCGCAGCAGGCCCCUUCACACACAAGGAAUGUGGUUUUCAAUAAGAAAGCCAUGUUGCAGAGUAAUCAGGAAGAAGAAAAGAAACAGAUGCUAGAGAAAUGUAGCAGCAAUGAGCAUGUUGUACUCAGGGCAGAAAUGCAUGGAGCUUUAGCUCGGGAGACCAGCACCAGUGAGGCACUAAACAUCCAAGAGAAAGGUAGUUGGAUGGAAACUGUAGUGGAGGAUAUGAAAUCACUACAUAAGAACCAAAUGUGGGACUUGGUAGAGCAUCCAACUGGGAAGAGAUGA